AGAAUUUAUAGUUUUGAAUCCUAUCUAUUCAAAUAUUAUUUUCAAAUGGACAAUUAUGAAAAAGUGCGUGUCGUCGGACGUGGUGCUUUUGGAGUUUGUUGGCUGUGUCGCGGUAAAAAUGAUGCAUCACAUCAAAAGGUAAUUAUAAAACUCAUCAAUACUCACGGAAUGACUGAAAAAGAGGAAAAUAGCAUUCAGAGUGAAGUAAAUUUGUUGAAAAAAGUUCAACAUCCAUUAAUAAUCGGGUAUAUUGAUUCUUUUAUUAUGGAUAAUCAACUUGGAAUUGUUAUGCAGUACGCGGAAGGAGGAACAUUAGAGAGAUUAAUAAAUGAUCAGAGAGCGAUUAAAGAUUCAAACAUGAGAGAAUAUUUUCCCGAAAAAACUGUUUUAGAUUAUUUUACACAGAUUCUUAUUGCACUCAAUCAUAUGCACCAGAAAAAUAUCGUUCAUCGUGACCUUAAGCCUCAAAACAUUCUUAUGAAUCGCCGAAAGACUGUUCUGAAGCUAUCGGAUUUUGGAAUUUCAAAGGAGCUUGGAACGAAAUCUGCAGCGUCGACUGUUAUUGGAACUCCAAACUAUUUAAGCCCUGAAAUUUGUGAAAGUCGCCCGUACAAUCAAAAAAGUGACAUGUGGUCUUUAGGAUGUGUUUUGUAUGAGCUUCUUCAGCUUGAAAGAGCAUUUGACGGCGAAAAUUUACCAGCCAUUGUAAUGAAAAUCACCCGGUCAAAGCAAAACCCGUUGGGAGAUCACGUAUCAAACGAUGUGAAGAUGUUAGUGGAAAACUUACUUAAAACACACACGGAUAAGAGACCGGACGUAUCACAGCUGCUUUCCGAUCCACUUGUUCUUCCCUAUUUGAUAUCAAUUCAUUGCGAUUUGGGAAGAAUCGAACCUCCACCGACGGAUAAGAGAAAGCCAUCAGCUUCAUUGAGCAGUCGACUUCGAACGUAUCCAACACAAUCAACACUUCGUCCGUAUUCUUUAUCAUCAAAUGCUCCAACUACCCAUUUGACACAAUUAACACCAAUGCCAUCUCAUAUUGAUUCUGGAUUCUUUUCAAGUGGAAGAACAUCAAAUCAGAGAACACAAUCAAGAAGUCAAGUGCAUUCAAAGUAUUAACUCCUGUAUUAAUUGUUUGUUUCUUUAAAAUUAAAAUUGAAGUUAUUUUUUCACAUAAAAACCAAUCAUUCGG